CAUUUAUUUUUUUUCACCUUAACUUCCCCCUUAUAUUUCGCAAGUUUUUAGUUUCAUUUCUUUCAUUUUUAGAUUGGUGUUCUUUUGCAAUGUCAUCCAGUACGCCUCUUUUUUAGCUUGUAAAUUUUGAUUCUUUGGUUAAAAUUGGCAAGUGGGUAUUGGAGUUUUUGGCUCUUGAAGGGAUUUGAUUUCUGCAUCUGGGUAUUGGAGAUUUUGAUUAUUGAAUGAGAGUUUGGAACUAGGUAUUGGUUGGUUUGAUUGUUUAAUGAAGGAAUUGAUUUGGGUUAUGGAGGUUUGGGUGUGUUGAGGAUUUUGUUUUUGAGGGAAAGUUGGGAAAUUUUUGAUUGUUUGGUGAAAGAAUUGAAUAGGAUCUUUUAAUUGGGUUCUUUGAUGGAUGCUUGUUUGGUUUCUUGAAGUUGACGAGAUCUUUAAUUAAUAUGUAAAAAGGCAGAAAACAGUCGCAUUCAGAUUAAGUUUUGUUUUUUAAUGGAAGGGUAAAGAGGGAGUAGUUGAAAUUCUUUUGAUUUAUUUGUAAAGAAUUAACAGGAGUAUCCCUCUUUGUCUCUCUCUCAAUAAGCAUCAAAGCCAUUGAGAAUCUUACAGUUACAACCAAUUGUUAUGAAAUUAUGUGAGCAAGACUUUGUUUUGUUCAAGGUUGUUACUCGUUUGGUAGAUAUGAAGAAUUUUAUGCACACAAUAAGACUACUGUCUUGUUCUUUACAUUAUCUUUGCAUCAUUCCUAGGAUUGCUUGAAGGUUUUGAAGGAUCAGAAGUCCUUUGUACUGUUCCAUUUAUAAGUAUUCAGGGCCUUUCUUAGGGGAAAAAGAUGAAGUUUUUAAGCAUUGUGGGUAAUUCGUUUGGGUGUUCGGCUUCUGGGGAGCGCCUAGUUUCGGCUGCAAGAGAUGGUGAUCUUCAAGAAGCCAAAGCCUUGUUGGAAUACAACCCAAGGCUGGUGAGGUAUUCAACUUUCGGUGUUAGAAAUUCACCUCUUCAUUAUUCUGCAGCUCAGGGUCACCAUGAGAUAGUUUCGCUUUUGAUCGAGUCUGGGGUCGAUAUUAAUCUCAGGAAUUAUCGUGGUCAGACCGCUUUGAUGCAGGCUUGUCAACAUGGUCACUGGGAGGUUGUUCUGACCUUAAUUCUUUAUAAAGCCAAUAUUCACAGAGCAGAUUAUCUAAACGGGGGUACUGCACUCCACUUGGCUGCUUUAAAUGGUCAUUCUCGGUGUAUCCGGCUACUUCUUGCAGAUUACAUUCCUAGUGUGCCCAAUGUUUGGAGCAGGUUAAAGAAAAAGUCAAACAAAGAUGAACCGAUCUUAGAAUUUAAUGAAAGUGCUCUCCAUGAAGUAAUUAGUAGAACUGCUGAUGGAGGAAUAACUGCUCUUCAUAUGGCAGCACUGAAUGGACAUGUUGAAAGCGUACAUUUACUCUUGGACUUAGGAGCUUCUGUUUGUGAGGUCACUGUGGAAGAUGGAACUACAAUCGAUCUUAUAGGAGCUGGGAGCACACCGCUACAUUAUGCUGCAUGUGGUGGUAAUGCACAAUGUUGUCAACUUUUGAUUGCCAUGGGAGCCAGUCUGACUGCCGAAAAUGCAAAUGGAUGGACUCCUUUGAUGGUUGCUCGUUCGUGGCAUAGAAGUUGUCUCGAGCAGAUUCUAAAUACAGAGCCAGAACAUCAAUUAGAGGUUCUUCCUUCACCGUAUCUGUCUCUUCCCCUUAAGAGCAUUGUCAAGAUCGCUAGAGAAUGUGGAUGGAGGAGUAGUGCUUCUGCACCCACAUGCCAAGAUCCUUGUGUCGUUUGUUUAGAAAGAGUGUGCACUGUAGCAGCAGAAGGUUGUGAUCAUGAGUUCUGUACACAAUGUGCCUUAUAUCUCUGCUCUACAAACUGUGCCUCAAUUGUCGCGAAAGGUCCCCUUGGCUCGAUUCCCUGUCCUCUUUGCCGGCAUGGCAUAGUUUCAUUUGAGAUGCUUCCGGAGACGAAACCAAUCAAGGACAUUGCAAGAACAAGUUUAUCCCUGGCAUUUUGCACCUGUUCAGGACCAGGUGACAUAACGGAAUCCACUUCACUAACAACAGCCCUCUGCAAGCCGGAUUUUCACUGCACCCGUACUACGCCUCUUGGUUCUUCUUUCCGCAGCUUAAGUUGCCAGAAGUUUCCAUCAAUAAAACUCAACUCCAGUUUUUGCAUGGGAGCCCCAGAAACUACUCCUUCUUUAGUUCCUUGUACGGUUGACCGGAACCGCCUUAAUAACCAUUUGGUAAGGUGUUCAGGAUCAAAUUUUAGACGAUCAGUCUCGAACAAUGAGCGGCGAAGGUCAUGGUUUUCUGCACUCAAUCAAUAUGUAACUACAGGCAAUGGAUGCUAAAAGGUUUUGGGUUUCUUUUAUCAUCACAGUAUUUUUUUCCCGAUACUUAUUUUUUCUUUUCCAAAUAUUAAUGUUUGAAUCAUUCUUUCGUAAAAAGAUUACUGGGUUUGUAAAUAUUUUUGACAGAUUCGUCCCUGAAAAUGUUGUUAAAUGUUUUUGUAGAAAGAACUUUAUUCAGAAA